AUGGGAGAGGCGACCCCAGCCCAGUCAUCCGCGGGGCCAUUCGCAUCAACGCUCGGGAUGGGACUGGGGUCUGCUGCCAGGGGAUCCGCGGUGCCACAGCUCCAUAAUGCCAUAGUGGAGCGUCUUCGCGCACGGAUCGAACUGUGCAGGAGACACCAUUCAACUUGUGAGAACCGGUACCAGCGCGUCCAGGCGGAGAGCACGGACCGAGAGCACGAAAACACGCUUCACCUGCUCAACAUCGUCCAUCAAGGCCCCGGGAACCGCAAGAGCAAGGGCAGCCGGGCAUCGCACCAACAACCGCCAGACUACAGCAGAGCCACGGGGGAGCACAAGGGGUCCGAGGCUGAGCAGAAGGUGUCCACGCGCAUUGCGCUCGGAUCGCUACGGAGGAAAAUUGAGGGUCAUGGAUCGAUGCAGACAGCCAAGCAGAACGGGCUUUUGGGAGGUUUCUCUGCUGCGGACUAUAAGCGGAUGCGUCUGGACUCCGGUCUGGGGCAGGGGCUGUGUAACAUGAACCAGUCCAUGCCAGGACCUUCUCUGAACAUGCAGAGGAUGAUGCCCCAUGGCGUCAGCUCCGACAUCUUCAACACAACUUUAAAAGAGAUGAAAAAGGAGCCCAUGGACAACCCGUCCUGUGGUCAAUCCCACAGCGAUAUGAUUUUCGAUUUUAAGGAUUUUAAAGAUUUCAAAGACGAAGGAGCCAGCAAUAUUGACCCGGAGCUGCAGGACUUAUUUGAUGAGCUCACUAAGUCUGUGCCUCCGCUCAACGACCUGGAGUUCGAGAAGAUGCUGAAGCAGGAUGACACUUUUGGUCUUGAUUUAGGUCGACCCAGUUCGGCCGGGGCAGCUGGCUCCCUGUGCUCUCCACUUGACAGGCCUAUAAAGCUGGAGCACUCCCCAGAUUUUGGCCAUGUUCACAGUUGCGCGUCGCAGCUUCGGCCCGCCUCAGCAGGCCCCUCUUUCACCCUGAGCGGUACAUCACCCAAUGGGACGUCACAGAAAAGCAGCUCUCAGGUGGGACCGCCCAGAUCUCUGCCCUGCUGGCCUGAGAUAUCCCAUGCAGAGCAGCUAAAGCAAAUGGCAGCAAACCAGCAUCAGCCAGGCUCAAUGCUCCAUCACCAGAGUCCAGGAGCAGGGAUGUCCUGGGCCUCAGCAGUUAACUCUUCCAGCUCCUCCUUCACACAGGACAAACUCUCCAGCCCACUCAGCGCACAGAGAAACAUCCCUCCAAAUAAAAACCUCAACAACUGUCUGUUCAAGUCCAACGGGCACGCAGGCGCUCACCCUCCUGACAUGAAGAUGCUGAACAUGAAGCCAUCGCUGCACUUCAGCCCGAAAGCAGGCCCUCAGCCUAUGUCCAUGCCCAGUGCCAUGGCCAAGACCCCAGCACAAGCCCAGCAGCAUCAGCAGCAGAGGCAGCAGGCACCUUCUCCAAACCAGAGCCAGACACACAGCAGCCUCCACUUUCAGGACCAUAUCACAGGGCCUCUCUGUCUUCCCAACAAGGCCUCACCGCCGCUGGGAGGAGGACCAUUCAAACCGUCACAGCCGAGACAGGCUGGUCCCACGUGUCCAAAGCUACAUAUGAACGGUAGUCUAGGAGUUAUGGGAACUUUGACCCAGCCCAGGCCUCCAGUCCCCAACAGCCAACAGAAGCUUCCAGUGAAGAACCAAGGCAUGCUGAGACCACUCCUCCCGCCGCAGCACGCCGCGGAGAAAGACGCACACGAACAGUUCAGCCGUCACCUGACCAGACCACCACCGGAGUACAAACUGCCCCGGAGCAUUGUGGGACUGAACAGGGGAAAUCCAUUCACAGGCCCUCCCUCCGCACAGCAAACCAGCAACGGCCCCGCGAGUGAGCUGCAGUCCAUGUCCUGCCAAAUCACCAGCACCCCAAAGACCUCCUCUUCUGACGACAGAUUCGGGAACUGUCUCCCCAACUCGUGUCUCAACCAAUUCCAGCCCAGCAGCAACUCCAACAAGCCUCACUUUUUGGGAAUGAAUUCACUGGGGAAUUCCUUUGGCCUGAACAAUGUACAGCACGGGAGACCUGAGAUGCAUGCAGGACAGGGCAGUUUAAUCUCUAAUGUGAACAUGGGAUGGGGGCCAGCGAAUAAACAGGUGACUUCUGGGAUGAGACGCCUCCCCAACCCGAGCCAAAUGGACAUGCCAAACCUCUCAUUCCAACAGCGGCAUUUAGGACCUCCAAAUCAGGUAGCGCCAGAUCUCGGCAUUCUGCGACACAACCCGACUUUAAGGGACAUUAACCCCAGGCCAAACCAGGCGAUCAUGAGCCAGUCCGCACUAAACCAGGCGUCUCCGGAACAAAGGGUCCCCGCGGCUGCGUUUGGAGAGCCAGGCGACAACACGGUCCCUGGCAUCAACACGGACUCGGACUUCAUAGAGUCUUUGCUCAAAUCUGGGUCAGGAAAUGAUGACUGGAUGAAAGAUAUAAACCUUGAUGAGAUACUGGGAAGUCAUACAUAA